CCCAGGCCCUGAACACAGGCACCCACAGCAUCGGUUCAGAACCGUGGCAGGCCUGGGUCAACUCCCAUCACCACUCCCAUCCCCUUAGCCCAGUCCUGGGAGAGCCAUCUCCGUCUUCCCCCUUGGGAGCCUGGGAUGUGUUGAGAUACCCAAGGGAGGUCCCAACAGCUUCCGCAGAGGACCGGAGCCAAGACAAGGCUGGGCUUCUGACCAGUCUCUCCCUCUCUCUUCCACAGGCCUAGGUGGCCUGGGCAACCCCCAGGCAUGGACUACCGACCCUCUCCUCACUUCCAGCCUCACCUGGCCAGCUUUUGCUGUGGGGGGUCUCAGUCGGGGUCCCUGGGGGGAAUCUCAGGGAAAACCCCUCCGGGCCUGGAGGAGUUGCCUCCCCCUGCCCACCACCCAGUUGCAGUGUGCCAGCAGGAGAGCCCGUCGUUUGCUGAGCUCCCAGGGUGCUUUGAGCUGGGCCACUGGCCUCUCGAGUCCCCAGCUGCUUCUCAUGGGCUGCUGUGGCCGCUGCCGGUGGCGGCCCGGGACACCAGGGGCCCUGCCGGGAAGCCGUCGGCCUUUGGAGGUGACGUUCUCAGUGAGUUCCUAGGAGGACCCCGGAGUCCCCAGCAUCCAGAGCCCCAACACCGCACCAGCCACAGUUCAGAGGAGAAAUCUGCCUGGCGGAAGAUGCGGGUGUAUCAGAGCCAAGAGGCCACAGAGAGCCCCAGAGCCAAAGAUGAAGAUGAUGCUGUCUUCCCUGAGGUCGGUGCUGAGGUCCCUGAGCCGCAGUCUGCUUUGGAAGUGCCACGGACCCUGGUGAUGGCAGGACCUCCCCAGGCCAGAACCAAAGAGCCAGAAAGGAGACGCUUCUCGGCUUCGGAAUUGAUGAGCCGGCUCCAGUCUGCCCAAAGAAAGGCCACUCUCUCCCUGUGCCUGGGCAAGAGCCUGACCAAGGACCGCGGGCUCUGGGCUGCCAGGGAAGGGAAAGCCCCUGAGAAGGAGCCGAGCUGCUCAGAAACCAAGGUUGAUGUCCUCAUGCCCCCUGCCAUAAGUGGUGUUAGUGAGAGGGAUGACAGCUGGCCUGAUACCAGGCCCUACCCAUUAGAGGAACCAGCCCCCAACGCUUUGGUACCUCAUGAGUGGCGCCAGUCACGUUUCCUUCUUAAUUCUGUGCUGUAUCAGGAGUACAGUGAUGUGGCCAGUGACCGGGAGCUGCAGCGGCAGAAACAUGAGGAGGACACGUUGGGGGAGGAGGCCGACGAGGAGGAGGGGCCCGGUCCACCCUGGGCCAACCUGUCCCCGAGCAGCUCCUUCCGAGCCCAACGCUCAGGUCGUGGCUCCACCUUCUCCCUGUGGCAGGAUAUCCCAGAUGUUCGGUGCAGCGGCUUCCUGGCCAUCAUUGGCCUUCAGGAACGCAAGCUGCAGGAGGCCAAGUUUGAGCUGAUCACGUCAGAAGCCUCCUAUAUCCACAGUCUCUCUGUGGCCGUGGGCCACUUCAUGGGCUCCUCGGAGCUGGCUGAGUGUCUGGGGGCCCAGGAAAAGCAGUGGCUGUUCUCCAGGCUGCCUGAGGUCAAGGCCACCAGCGAGAGGUUUCUGCAGGAGCUGGAGCAGCGCCUGGAAGAGGACAUUCUUCGCUUUUGUGUGUGUGACAUCGUCCUGCGUCACUGCCCUGCCUUCCGGCGUGUCUACCUGCCUUACGUCACCAAUCAGGCCUACCAAGAGCGUACCUACCAGCGACUGCUACUGGAGAAUCCCAAGUUUUCUAGCAUUCUGGCCCGUCUGGAAGAGGCCCCUGUUUGCCAGCGCCUGCCUCUUACAUCCUUCCUCAUCCUGCCCUUCCAAAGAAUCACCCGCCUGAAGAUGCUAGUGGAGAAUAUUCUGAAGCGGACCGGGCAAGGCUUGCGGGGCGAGGACAUGGCCACCAAGGCCUUCGAUGAACUCAAGAAGCUGGUACAGGAGUGCAAUGCCAGUGUGCAGUCGAUGAAGAGGACGGAGGAACUCAUCCAUCUUAACAAGAAGAUUCAUUUUGAGAGUAAGAUCUUCCCGCUGAUCUCCCAGUCCCGCUGGCUGGUGAGGCACGGGGAGCUGGUGGAGCUGGCACCCCCCACCAUGCCUGCUGUCUCUGCUGCCAAGCCCAAGCUCUCCACCAAAGCCAUCUACUUGCACGUCUUUAAUGACUGCCUACUGCUCUCUCGAAAGAAGGAGAUGGGGAAGUUUGCCGUCUUCCUUUAUGCCAGGAUGCCUGAGAUCCAGGUGAAAGACCUGAGUUCAAAGCUCCAGGGAAUCCCAGGCCAGGUCUUUCUCCUCCAGCUCCUUCAUAGCCACCAGCCCAAGAACCAGCUGCUCCUGAGGGCUCAGACAGAAAGUGAGAAGCAGCGGUGGAUCUCGGCCAUGUGCCCUUCCAGUGCCCAAGAGGACAAGGAGGCCAUCAGCGAGAAUGAAGACCUCCCCCAGGUGCAGUGCAUCAGAGCCUAUAAGGCUCUGGAACCGGACGAGCUGACCCUUGAGAAGGCUGACAUCCUGGCUGUGAGGACCAGGACCGGCGAUGGAUGGCUGGAGGGAAUCCGCUUGGCAGACGGCGAGCGGGGCUGGGUGCCCCAGGCCUACGUGGAUGAGAUCACCAGCCGCAGUGCCCGUCUUCGAAACAUCUGGGAGACCAGAAGGAUCGAGAGUGCCACCAAUAAACUACAGGAGACAGCUGCAUGAUAGACCAGGGAGCGGCCUCUGACUCUGGCCUGAGGUGCCCCACAACCCUCCAUCUCGCCCCCACUGGUCUCUGUGCCCUCAACAGUGCCCUCUGCAGCCUCUACUGGAGUCUCUGAGACAGGGUACCCACCCUGGCACGGAGGAGCCCGCCCCGCUAGGCCAUAUGACGGGGCAGAUGACUUGUGGGUCAAUGUCCCCUAGCUUCGUAGGCCUUAACUUCCUCCAGGAUGCCUGGGGUGGAGGGAGCAAUGAUAACUCUGUCAGCCUCUCCUGGGGUCGGGGAGGGGAGGCUGGAGGCUGGAGCCUGGAGCCUGGAUGGUAGAUCCCUGGGGUUCCCCGGUCCUUAUUUUGCUCCCUUGGGGCAAACUACCCUAGUGACUGACUUGGGGAAAGAUGUGGCUGAAACCUGCUGGACUCCUCUUCCUGGACAACCCAGUAAGAGCUGGGCAUUCUGUAUCAUUAAAUGACCUGCCUUUGUUUA